CAAGCGAAAGACAGCAGCAGCAGCAGCAGCAUCGGUGGCAGCAACAGCAACAGCAGCAAGCAAUACAAGCGGUGGCAGUGGCAAAGCGUUGCGUUGUUGCAACAAUUUUUUCGGCUCGCGCUCGCUACGGUGGCGGCGGCAAUGGUGGUUGCAGCAGCGGCAGCAAUCUCAUUCAGUUUCAGUCUCAUCCCAGCACUCGUGGCGGCAACAACAACGCUCAGCAUUCUAGUGUAGUUGUUCGUUUCGGUUUCGGUUUUGCGUUUCUCGGUCUUUCGCGUUUACGAGUUUCGCGUGAGUGAAGAAAAAGAUACUGAUUACGGACUGAUACUACUGCGGCCAGUUAACGGAAAAGUAUCUCACAGUUAGCGACUGCAAAAUGCGGCAACUGUGCAAUUGCCGGCGCAAGCAAUGCAUGGCAAAAUUAAUAACCAUUAAAUAAACGCCAACAACAGCAGCAGCGAGGAAAAAGUGUGCGGCAUGUAAUGUUCAAAAGUAUCUCGGCCCAAGUGCUAAACAUAUCAAAACAACCCACAAGAUACAACACAUCUGUGCAACACAGUGCAAACCCAAAAGAAACCCAAAAAUAAUAUAAAAAAAUAAAUAAAGCAACAAAAAUAAUAAUUGCAACAGCUACGACUGCAUUUAAUUUGCAUUUCAAAUUGUUUUGAGAAUUUGUGCAUUAGUGUUUUGUGUGAAAAAGUGUGUGUGAAGCCCCCAUUUAAAUACAAUAUUAAUACAUAUUUAAAAACAAUGCGAUUUAUGCAUUCGAUCUAAGGAUACAAUCGUUUUAAAAUCACUAAAAAAUUUGAUGCAACAAAUAUUUUCAAAUUAGAUCUCACUUCAAAGCCAAUUUCAAACAAAAUCAAGUUUCUCCCCACAUUCUCACAUGGAGAGUUGCACAGCCAACAACAACAACGAAAACAACAACAAAAUGACGCACAGAUUAUCAUCAGCUACAGCUACAACAACAGCAACAAAAUCCAACUACAAAAUGUUCUCCCGCCAGUGCCUUUCCACCUCCAACCCGCGCUCUAGCUACCCCCGCUCAUCAUCAUCCUCAUCGUCAUCAUCUUCAUCCCAGAGUCGAGGACGGCAUUUAACCUGCCCGACAAGUAACUGGAACGGCAACUGGAACCUUAGCCUCUUGGCAUUGAUCAUUGCCAGCGGCUGUUUAAUGCUCAAUACGCCAGCAAUUGCGGCUUUCGAUAUUGCUACGUGCAAUGUGCCACUAGGCAUGGAAUCGGGCGCAAUUACAGAUGCUCAAAUCACAGCAAGCUCAGCCCACGACACGGGAUUUGUUGGGCCACAACAUGCAAGACUGAAAACCGAUAAUAAUGGCGGUGCCUGGUGCCCCAAGCAUAUGGUAUCGAAUGCGCUCAAGGAGUAUCUGCAAGUGGAUUUACUGCAGACGCAUGUGAUAACCGCCAUACGGACACAGGGUCGCUUCGGCAAGGGUCAGGGUCAAGAGUACACCGAGGCCUAUGUGCUUGAGUAUUGGCGACCGGGCUUUGACAAAUGGCAACGUUGGAAGAACACACAAGGCAAAGAGAUUCUGCCCGGCAACAUCAACACUUACAGCGAGGUGGAGAACGCAUUGCAACCGAUUAUAUUUGCCUCAAAGAUACGCAUAUAUCCGUAUGGUCAAUACGAUCGCACCAUCUGCCUGCGUGCAGAGAUUGUCGGUUGCCCCUGGGAAGAGGGCAUCGUUUCGUACAGCAUACCGAAGGGAGUGCAGCGCGGGAUGGAAGUCGAUUUAUCGGACAAGACCUACGAUGGCAAUGAGCAGGGUGACCGCUACGUGGAUGGAUUGGGUCAAUUGGUGGAUGGCCAGAAGGGCAAGGACAAUUUCCGCACCGAUAUUCAUGGCUUUGGCAAAGGUUACGAAUGGAUUGGCUGGAGAAAUGAUACGCCCGGUCUGUUGGGCAAACCCGUUGAAAUUGUGUUCGAAUUUGAUACGGUUCGCAAUUUUAGUGCCAUCGUUUUGCAUACGAACAACAUGUACACCAAGGAUGUGCAGGUCUUCGUGCAUGCGAAGGUCUUCUUUAGCAUCGGUGGACGCUACUUUUCCGGCGAACCCGUGCAGUUCUCCUAUAUGCCCGAUACGAUAAUGGAUCAUGCUCGCGAUGUGACCAUUAAGCUGCAUCAUCGCGUGGGCAAAUAUCUGAAAAUCAAUUUGUACUUUGCUGUCAAAUGGAUUAUGUUAUCCGAGAUCAGUUUUAUAUCUGUGCCUGCGUUGGGAAAUUUCACAGAUGAGCAGGAGCAGCGCAAUAAUUCGCCAGGCAGCGCACAGGAUGGCAGCAAUACACGGGAAUAUCCUUUGCAGAGCAACGACUAUCAGCACAAUCAUAACAAAAACAAAAUGAAUGGCGGCGCGUCUGGAGGUGCUGGCGGUGCCGCAAACGGUGGCGCCACCGAUGCCACCAGCAGCAACAGCGUCUACAACAAUGGACCAGAGCUAAUUGCGCCACGCCCGAUUGAUCAGGAGCCGAACGAGGCGAACUUCAUUGGUGUUGUCAUUGUGGUUCUAACAACGAUAAUUAUCCUUUUGGUCGCCGUUAUCCUGUUCAUCGUGUCACGCACGAAGCGAGCCCGUGGCAGCAACGUUCUCGAUGCAUUCCAAUACAGCUUCAACCCCAACACACUGGGCGGCAAUGUCGACAAGCAUCGCCCCAAUGGCAAUAGCAUUAAGGCCAGCGUCGACGACAACGAUUCCAUUGGCAAGAACAGUCUCUACCACGAGCCCUUCAAUGUGAAUAUGUACACGAGCGGUGUGAACGGCUACGCAGCGGUUAAUGAUUUACAAUGUAAUAUGACGCCAGACUAUACAGAUGUGCCAGAAGGUGGCUAUGCGGUUCCCCACAUGCAGGACUAUAUGCCGGCAUCGAAAAUGUCCAAUGCCGGUGGCGGCUAUGUGAAUGUGCGACGCACGCCGCCGCCACCGCUGAGCAGCAUAUUCCCCAGACCGCCGACGGUGCCGCCACCGCCCAUGGAGAAAUAUUAUGCGACCACAGCCAUAUUCAAGCCCAUCAAAGGCGGCGGCGGCGGCUCAUCGAGCGGCGGCGGCAGCAACACCAACACCGUCAGCAGCGGCGGCGGCAAGAGCAGCCACAGCAAUCAGGAUCAACUGAAUGGCAUCUACGGCGACGAUGGCAUGGGCACCAUGAACUCACAGUCGACAGCCCCGAUGAUCAAUCCAUAUACCAGUGGCAACAGUGCUGCAGCAGCUGCUGCGGCUGCGGAAUUUCAGCGAGCCAGAACUUAUAACUUCCGCAGCUAUCCAGACAAUCUCUAGUUCGAAGCUUCACUUAAGUUGGCGGCAGCCGAGCCUGCCACAUCGGGCAACGGCGCUGGCACUUCGGGCAACGGCACAGAUCCUUUGAUUGCUGCCCCCAAGCGUAACAAUGGCGCAGCAACCACAAUGCCCAAGAAGCCGCAACAUCUGAGCAUUGCCAAUAACACCGGCAAUGCGAAUGCCAAUGCCAAUAAGCCCAAAUAUAGUUUGACGCUGCACAACAAUAAGUAUGCCACAAGUGGUGGCAGCAAGAACAACGUCACCUCGAUGCGCGACAAUCAACAGCAGCAACAACGACAACACCUGAAGGCGUUGCGUUUAACCCGCGACGUCAGCAACACCGAUAUCAACGACUACAAGCGACCGAUGCUAUCGAAUCUAUCGCCUGCCGAGGAUGUUGGGAUUCAUCUAAGCAGAAAUUUGACCCUCAAAUCGGGCAAUGGCAUUGGCAUUGGCAAUGGGAGUGGCACAGGUGCUGCCAACGGUGAAGCUUCUGGCAUUUUGACAACAUCGACAACAACAAAUGCAACUAAAUUGACUGGUAAUACGGCGAAUGGAAAUGUCAACGGAAACGGAAAUGCGGCCACAACAACUGCAACUCCAAUGGCGAACGGUGUUAUGAGGACACAAAACAACAGGCUGUGGUAUCAUUGAUGAAAACGCCAUUAUUAAAUGGAUUUGAGCUCUGAUGCUCUACACGGACGUGCAACAACAAACAGAAUAGAAAAGCAGAAAAAAUAGCAAAAAGAAGAAAAAAAAAUAUAUAUAGAAGGAAAAACCAUAUGAAAAAUGUUAAGUACUAGUAAUCAUACAGCAAAUUUGUAUUAGAACCCGCCCCUCCCACAAAUGCGGAGAGCACAAUGCGUCGAACAAUUGAACCCACUGAGCAAAACGGAAGAGUAAAAGUAAACAUAAAAAAUGAGAAAUAAGAAAAUUAUUAAAGUCGAAUAUCUAAGCAAAAUGUAGCGUCGAAUAUAUGCCAACGAAAUGAUACAACUUAUAGAAAUACAAUCUGUAAAUAUAUACCUAGUAUAUCGGAAUGCAAUGCGGUAGUGAACAAAAUAAAAAUGCAUAUGAUAGAAAAGCGAGGUGAAUUUUAAAAAAUAACAAAAUGAAAAAGAUGGGCACUAGUUUCUCAUAGAUCAAAUGCAAUCGAGCAAAACGUAAGGAGAAGAAAUAUAUUAAAAAAUAAAAAAAAAAACGAAUUUAAGAUUUAGCAUUUAGCAACACUUAUUAUUUAUAAAACGAAACGAAACGAACCGCGAUGUAUGAGCAAAAGAUAUUGAAGAAUAUGAAGUAACUAGCAUAUAAUAAAGUUCAACUGAUUUUUAGUACCUUUCCAAAACAAAAACAAAAACACAAAAAAAAAGAAGAAAACUAACUGUAAAUGUCUGUAAUAUCCUCAAUCCUAAUCCCCACAUUAUGCUAUCCUAUAACUGUACUAUCGUAUAUAUUCUGUGACCUCACCCCCCAUUUGAGAGAUCCCCACUGUAAAUUUCUGUGUAUAAACCUAGAAAAGUAUCCGUGAGAUACAAUACUUAAACGUAGAUUGUUUGCUAACUGGAGCAGAUGGAAAUGCCGCGUCAAAAAAAUUAUGUAGAGCAAUCAAGAGACGAUCGACGAUUGAACGAUUGACGAUGAUUGACCUUGAUUGAUGAUGAUAAAAUUGUAACGGAAUUUAACGGACCAAGAGAGCGUGCAGAGCGUCGUCGCCUAAAACCAAUUAAAAUGAAGUUUUCAUCAAUGAUUUGUGAUUAAAUAUUUAACUACCUACUUAUAAAACCAAGAAACAAAAGAAAACAAAGUGAAAAAAUGAAUAUUCAGUUCUUAAUGCUAACUUAAUUUAAUGCAAAUCGUACUACCCGACAAAAAUGACUCUGACUAUAAAACCAAAAAACAAAUACUAUGAAUAUAAAUAAUUAUAUGCAUACAUACAUAUAUAUAAUAUACAUACACAUACAUAUAUACUUACUUAUAUACGAGUAUACAUAUGUAUAAUUAAUAAAUAAUCAUGUAUAUGUUCCUUUUUAGUUUAAUGCGCAUACGAAUUAUCACAAGAAAACAAAAGUACUAAACGUUAAAGUCGUAGUAGCUUCGUAGUAGUUAAAAAGUAAUGAGCGAUAAAGCAGAAAGUAAAAAAUUAAAGUGUAAACACCGCAUUUUAUAAAAAUACAAAAUAAGUAUGUUCGUUAAAAAAAGAAAAACAUAAAAAUUAAAAUAGAAAUAGAAAUAAAAAUAAACACACUCCCACAACAGACAAACACACAUCACGUGCAGCAAAAAGUAGUAGAAAAUAGUAGCAGAAAUAACAAAACGAUAACAAAUAACAAGAACAGGAACACAGAGACAUUCACAAAAAAAGAAAAGUAUUUAAAAUGUUUGUGCAACACUUUCGAAACAUGUUUUAAACUAACAACAAGAACAACAGCAAGAACAUUAAAUAAAGAAACAGAUGUAAGCAUUAAGCUAGCCAUUUUUUAAACACAACAUAAUUAAAUGAUUAAAUUAUAUAAUUAUAAUAAGCUGUCUAGGCCCGAAGGGUAAACAUAACAUACAAUACAUAUACAAUUUUACAUAAAACGUACAUAUUUCUGUAUUUUUCGCACAGUUCUUUAACUUUCCAAAUUUCCAAUGCACAAAAUGUUUGCCAACACUGAAAACUGAACAACACUGACGAACACUUUCCGCAGCUCUGCAACACUGGAUACACUAUCAAAGAGAAUAAAGAAAAAAAAAACGUAAAAAAAAAUCACGAACCUACCUACAAGACUUGUAUAAAUUAUAAUAAUAAAAAACGAUAAUGAGAAAUUGAAUAAUUAGUGAUUAAGUUUAAAUUACAUUUUGUAUAAAUUAACAAAGAACGAGGCAUAAGUGUACACUGUAAAAAAACAAAUUAAAUAAACUACUUGUAAUGUUUUUUUGUAAAUUAUCGCAAAGUCGCACAGACGAAUUAUGGAUUAAUUCAUUUGCUGUUGCUUGGCAGUUCAUUUAUUAUAGACUAGUUUAAUUUCUAAACUAAUUUAAUGGCAUUUAUUACGAGUAAUAAUAUGUGUAAAUUUCAAGGCAAAAAUAUAGUAUUAAAUUAUUUAAACAAACAAAACCAAAACCCGAAUGGAAUUUCUUUAUUUCUCGCUCAUUUGAAUUCAAUUUAAAUUGCAAACUGAGAUUGCUGAGAUUGUUGUUGGCAAGUAUUAACAAAAAAAAAGACGAAAACAAAAACAUGAACCGAAAACAAAAGUAAUGCGGCAUAGUUCUAAUUUAAACAAUGCAUUCAUAUUUAUUAUAAAUAACGCUAACACAAUUAACAAUGCAAAUUAAUUGAAAUAUUAACAAAAUACUAAACUAAACUCACGCAAACAACCACAAAUGACAAUUGAGAUUACAACAACAACAACAACAACAA